UUUGGAGUGAUGAACAGGUGACACAGUGACUAGGGCAAGUCCUAACUGGAGUUGGGGACCUGGGUGUGGCCUCAGCUUGCAGCUGAUACAGGCAAGGACCAUGAUGGCGUCCCCUGCCUGCGCCGUGGGCCCCGUGGAUAGCCUGGAGCUCCUCGACCUGCUAUUCGACCGGCAGGAUGGCAUCCUGAGACACGUGGAGUUGGGUGAGGCCUGGGGCCACGCCGCCAAGGACCAGCAGGUGCUGCCAUGCUCAGACUCUGAAGAAUUCUUGAACUCCAUCCUGGGCCCGGGAGACUCGGUCCCCAGCUCACCAAUCUGGUCCCCUGCGGCCAGUGACAGUGGCAUCUCUGAGGAUCUGCCCUCUGACACCCAGGACACCCCUACACAAAACAGAGCAGCUGUCACCCCAGCCGGGUGCCAUCCUACAGAGCCCGGCAAGGGGCCCUGUCCCUCCUAUGUUCCCAGCCCGCCAUGCUCAAGCAGGCCCCUGGAGGCCUCUGUCGCCAUAGACCUGGACAUGUGGAGUGCAGGUGGCCUCUAUGCUGAGGAGCAGGCCAGCUUGCCCUCCCGCUUCAACCUCACCGUGAAGGAGCUCCUGCUGUCCGGCAGCGCCGGGGACCCGCAACAGCAUCACCUGACGGCCCCCCACUUGUUGCGGCCCGGGAACGGGCACUAUCAGGAGCUGGUGCUGACAGAGGAUGAGAAGAAACUGCUGGCCAAGGAAGGUGUCACCCUGCCCACGCAGCUGCCACUCACCAAGUAUGAGGAGCGGGUGCUGAAAAAAGUCCGUCGGAAAAUCCGGAACAAGCAGUCAGCCCAAGAAAGCAGGAAGAAGAAGAAAGAGUAUAUUGAUGGCUUGGAAACUCGGAUGUCAGCCUGCACAGCUCAGAACCAGGAGCUGCAGAGGAAAGUCUUACAUCUGGAGAAACAAAACCUGUCCCUCUUGGAGCAGCUGAAGAAACUCCAGGCCAUCGUGGUCCAGUCCACCAGCAAGUCUGCGCAGACGGGCACCUGCAUAGCAGUCCUGCUGCUUUCCUUCGCCCUCAUCGUCCUCCCCUCUGUCAGCCCUUUCGCCUCCAACAAAGCUGACCCUGGGGACUUUGCGCCCAUGAGAGUCUUCUCCAGAACUCUGCACAACGAUGCUGCGUCCCGUGUGGCCCCUGACACUGCACCAGGCUCCGACUCCCCAGGACCCUGGCCUGAUGCUGGCACAUCUCAUAAAGGGUCUCCAGGCAGCCUGGGGACAGACUGGGGGGGCUUCCUGGACAUACCGGAGCUGGGCAACUCCACAGAGAAGCUGGACAAUGCGACCCUGGUCCUAGGCAAUUCAACAGAGGAUCUGAGCCAGGCCACCCUGCUGGACUGGGUGGCCCCUGAGCCUAUGCUCAGCCCAGGACGGUCGGGGUUGGAGGCAGUGGGGGAGGAGCUUUGAGCAUCUGAGCCUCCUGCCUUGGGGACGCUUUGGGGGUGCUGCAGUGGACAGCUGAAGGCCCAGCUGAAGGCUGAGGUGAGGCAGAGGCCUGCUGCUCAGACUCAUAGCUACACCCCUCCACGGGACUGACCGGGGUCCCUGCAGAAACUGUCCCUCAGUACCAGGCAAAGUUGGGGCCACAAAGCCUGAGACAUUGACAUCCAGGCUCAGGGCAAGCGGCUGGACACGUGCAGCCCGAUACAGCCACAGACAGACAGACAGAAAGGCUUCCACAGCCCUGUGCCCCGGACUCCCCCUGCCUCCCACGCUCACUGGGCAGAGGACAUGGUCAAGCCUGCAGGGACCCGGGCUCCCCAAGCACCAGGGAAACUUCUAGACUUCGGGGUGACUGCCGGUCACAACCACCCUCUUUUCUAAGACGUC